UCUGAACAGCCCAGUCCUGCCUGUUCCAGCUCCAGUUCCAGUUUUAUACCAUCUCAAAGCAGCAGACAACAAGGUCAGUUGAGUUCUGUAAUGAAAGAUCUGCAUUCAGAUGAUAAUGAAGAUGAAUCAGAUGAAGCAGAUGGGAACGACAAUGAUUCAGAGUCGGAACAACCUCUAAAUACACAAGAAGGAAGCAGGAGUAGCAGGGUUAGUCUGAGUGAUGUCAGUGACAGUGACAGCAGUUCAGCUUCCUCACCACUUUGUCAUGAGCCGGCACCACCUAUACUGAAAACCAGCAACAACCAGAUUUUAGAAGUGAAAAAUCCGAUAAAGCAAAACAAAUCUGAUAAACAAGUCAAGAAUGGGGAUUGUGAUAAGGCAUAUCUCGAUGAACUAGUAGAGCUCCACAGAAGAUUAAUGACAUUGAGAGAGAGAGAUGUACUGCAGCAGAUAGUAAAUCUUAUAGAAGAAACUGGACACUUUCAUAUCACAAAUACAACCUUUGACUUUGAUCUUUGCUCACUGGACAAAACCACAGUCCGUAAGCUGCAGAGUUACGUGGAAACAUCUGGAACCUCCUGA